AAAAAUGUACGCACUGGGUUUCUUGAUAUUUAGCAAAAUGCUCAGACAGCUUCCAUGUUUGCAAAAUGGCACAUGCUGCGCGUAGCAGCUAUUCCACAUGGCAAAGCUAAGCUUUCUUGCAAAGCUAAAGUUCCAAUGGCCCGCGGCUCUUUCCUGGCUUGUUCUGUGUUCGCUGCUUUUGGGCAUGCUGCCUGGUGCAGCCAAUGGCGACACCGAAGAAAGCUAUUAUGAUGUGGAGCUUGGGGAAUGUGCAUUCAAGGCGUUUGCCGGCGAUUCAUUCAGGUGUGAUAGGGCAGGAAUUAGGGAAGCGAUAACAAGAUGUGUGGUCGUCGCGGAGAACAGCCCACCUCCUGCAUUGCGCAUGAUUGCACCGGACGUUCCCUUCGCACACAUUCUGGUUGACGCGAGCCUUUCAUUUACAAGUAAUGCUGGUCUGCCCAACAUCAGCUGGAGCUUGCCGUCAGCUCCUGAGGUGGCCGAAGCCAUGACUUCCGAUUUAAUGGGUAACCGCAUACACCACGCCUAUGUGUUGCCCUCCAAUGCCAUAGGCGACAUGACAACUGCCUUUGGCAUAGCACAGGAUCUGAGCGAGCUGACAGCUAUAGACAACGACCUGGAUUGGUUGGGCCUCCUGCCCUUGUAUAGAGACGCCCUUGCGGUUUACGAUGGAGCGGUUCGAGCAAUACCAACCCAGGGCACUAUGGCACAGCUUUACUUCAGACGGGACUUGUUGGCUGCAGAGGGCCUGCAGCCACCUAGGACCUGGGCGGAGGUUGUAUCAUACGCAACCAAGUUUAACGGUACGGACUUGAACGACGAUGGGGUUGCGGAUUACGGCAUAUGCAUGUGGCGCGAUACGUGCGGCGGGAUGCCUAUUCCUUUAGUCGCAAUCUUGGCAUCUCUGGCGCAAAGCAAGGGUCGACACUCGGGCUUGUUUUUUGAGCCGGAAAGCAUGCGCUGUGUGGUGGAUACUGUGGCUUGGGACGCGACGCUGCGGCUAGCACGCACGCUGGCAAGCUUAGCAGCGCCCAUUUCAGCAGAGCCGCCUUCUUACACGCGGCCUUGCUUUUCGCAUCCAUUGUUCAGCGAGGGACGCUGUGCAAUGGCGUUAGCACUGGCGGGGCAGUUCAAAUCGGACAGCUGGCCGAACAACACCGGGUCCUACGUGCGGGGACGCAUAGGCACAAGCACGUUGCCCGGCUCGGAGGUUGUCCUUGACUGGCAGCAGGACACGUUGGUCCAGUGCGACCCCGACUUGUGCCCCUACGCCACGCGUGAAAGCAUUUCCUGCAGCAGUAGCAGCGGCAGUGACAAGUUGCUGGCGAAUUCAAGUACAUCGCAGCGGCGGCGGUUGCGGGCGGGGCGUCGGGACCUGUUGCAGUCGGACCAGGCAGCCGUUGUCAACAUCAGCAGUGGCAGCAGCAGCAGCCCUCCACCCGCAGCCACCGGAGCCGCAGAGGCCUUCAUUUGGGUCAACCGCGCACCGUACGCCACCAGCGGCGGCCAGUCCAUCUUCAUCUCAAAGCUAAAGACUGUCCCCCAGCGCCUCGCCGCAUACACCGUAGCUGUGCUCAUGGUGCGGGAUGCCGACAACUGGCCGCUGGUGGCUGGGCCUGGCACGGAGUUUGGUCCCACACGGCAGGAGCACCUGGACGCAGUCAGCAAGUGGGCGGAAUACGGGUACCAUCCGCAGGACCUGGCGGGUUUCCUAUCUGCAGCUAGGGAGUCCCUGGCGUCAGGCAACGUGGCCAUAGACUUGCGAGCGGCGGGCUUCUCGGUGUUUAAUGACUUGUUCAACAAUGCCGCAAUGAUGGUCGUCAACACGUCUAUGCCCAUAGACGACGUCAUUGCCUACACAAGGCAAAAAUUUGCGGAGCGGCUCAAUAACAGUGCCGAAGCGGCUCUGCUCCGAUCCUCAUACAAAGCAUCAAUCAAUUUUCGCACGCCCAAACCUCCACCACCCCCGUAUGUGGCGCCGGCACCUGCAAGCGGGCAAUCUCAACGAAAUGUAGCGAUACAUGCUUUGGCAGCAUCUCUUGCGGGAGCGACCACACUGUCUGUAGUCCUCGUUUGUGUGGUGUGGCAGCUGCGAUCAACGCGGCGGCUGCGGUAUCGUUUCGGCCGCAUCACCGCACCGGGUGCCGGGCUGGCCACCACCAUUUGUAUCACGGACAUUGAAGGAAGCACGAGGCUCUGGGAGACGCUGCCAGGGGAUGUCAUGUCCCAGGCAAUUCAGCUCCACAACCAGUGUAUCCGCCACUGCGCCACCGCGAAUAAUGGCUACGAAUCGGCUUGGGAGGGUGACUCGGUGAUUUUGGGCUUUCAUUGCGCGGAAGACGCUGUGGCGUUCAGCGUCUGCGUGCAGGAGAGACUGCUUUGGCUGCCAUGGCCCGAGCAGCUUCUCGAGGUGGACGAGUGCCGCCCCAUGUGGCUCGCCAAAGCCCCCGAAGCGGCCCAGCCGCCCAGGACGGCCCCGCAAAGCGCAGUGCGGCCACCAAGCACAGCCGAGGACCGGCGGGUCAGUUGGUCCUCCACCGCCGCGACGCAGCUCGAGCCUAGACCCACGAUCGGAGCGGAACACGUCCGCGCGGCCGCGAGGGCCCUGCUGCCCGGAUUCGCCCGGCGGGCGCGGGCAGCGUCUGCGCUGUGGACGGGCUUGACUUCCUCCGGGGCCUUUGGCGGUAGCGCGCCGUAUCCUUUACGGUUCUCGGGCACGGCUGCUGGGCCGGCUCGCACCGAGAUGGGCCUUGUCACCCGGAGGUCCAGUGUGUUGGGCACGGCUGCCAUGCGCUUUGCUGUGGGUGCUGACGGCGGUGAUUCCGGCUUGCCGCGUCUGGUGUCAAGAGCGUACCAGCAGUUGGCUGUUGCCAUCCGCCGGUGCCCCUCGCGGAUCCUGACGGCUACACAGCUUGGAGCGGCGGGCGACGGCAGCCCCAGAGCUGGCGGUGGCUCUACCACUUCCGGGCUCGAGUCCCCAGCUGAAGGCUCCUGCCACGAGUCCACCUCCCCCGACUCGCCCACGGUGCACAGCCGCCCGCAAAGCCACGCCCUGAGCUUCAUCGACGCCUCAAACUUUGGCGGCAUCGGUGCCUCUGACCCUCGGAGCGAGCCUAGAAGGAGGCCCUCCCAGCGCUAUCCGGGGCAUGGUUGUGGCGCCGGUCUCACGCUUCUUGCGUCGUCCCUUUGGCGCAAGGCUAGUCCCUUGCGCCAGGGUAACUGCGACGCCGGGGAAGCUACCGGUAGCGGAGCAGCCGUAGGCCAGGAGGUGUUGUUUGCCGGGAAUGCGCAAUCGCCAAGGAGCACAGUGCGGGAACUAUACUGCGACACCUACAGCGUCUCGGGGCCGGAUGCGAAGGCUGAGGACUCGGCUGCUGAACCACAAAUGGGGCCAGCCGUACCAUCGAGGCGGAGCGGCGGCGGCUGUGCGGAUGAUGGGCUCACCGGCGCGUCUGCAUCAUCGGGACUGCCAGCGUCAUCUGGCCGACGCGGCAGGAGCAAUCCCUGUCCGAAGCAGCUGCAUGAUGUCCCCUCCUCGCUGGCACCUCCAGAUGUGGCAUCCGUGGAAGGUGCGGAGGAUGAAGGGACGUCUGGUAUAACUAGUGCCACAGCAGCCAGUCAGCGGCCAGGGGACACGUGCGGAAGUGCACUGCCGCGGGGGCCGACACGCGCGGCCAGGAGCUGUCCUAACCUUAUCAAGGGACAUCGCAACGCGGUUCUGACGAAAGCCGCGAGCGGAGCGAGAUUGGUGCUUUGCGGGCUGCGCAUACGUAUAGGCUGCCACAGCGGUGUGCACGCGGCCGUGGACGUGGUGCACAACCGCGCGUCUGCUCGCGUGACGUACACGGGAGUUCCCAUGGCCAAGGCGCGAGCAGUCAUCAGCGCAGCCCCUGGCGGCAUGGUACUUGUGUCAGCCAGCACGCAUGCACUCGUCACGAAAACGGCUGGCAGCCAAGCGACAUGCGUCGUCCUGCCGAACAAGUACAGCAGGAAUCUCAGUGGCGGCGCCCCAGGGAUCCUCUUCUGGCAUGCCGGCGUUCACCAUCUUGACGAGCAUCUCAGUCAGCCGCUCGAGGUCUUCAAGGUCUCCACACCGUCAUUAGCGCCGCGCUGGGCUCUGCUGCAGGAGCCCGGUCCAGCCGACAAGGCUCGCACCGUGUCUCAAGGCGUUGCAGCAGCACCUGUGGGGCAUGUCUUCAUGUCGGCUGUCGCAGUGUCGGGCGGCGCCGCAAUCGCCGCCUGGAACAUCGGCCUCUGGCGGGAAAGCACCGGACUGCUGUGGCGUGAGGCCGCCAGCUUGUGCACUCUGCAUGGCGGCUUCCUCGCAACCACUCGAGCCGGUGUGGGGGCGGUACCCAGCCAGCCAAAUCGGACAGGCGCUUCUGGGGGCCGCAGCGUGGAGGUACUCCUGACGGCUGCGUUCCCAGCUGCCGCAGCGGCGCUGCGCUGGGCCGCCAGCCUCAUUGCUCACGGCUUGCUGGCUGACUGGCCGGCGGCGCUGUUGCUGCACGAGAUGGCCGAGGAGCAGCUGUGGCUGGCGCCUAUGCCCAAUCGCCGGGAGCCGCGGCAGCCUCCUCAUGGGAUGACGCAUGAGAGUGGCGGUGCGGUGCUAGGGGCCCAGUCGGCAGUUGGCGUCCAACAUGGGUCGGUCGGGUCGGUCCUGCCGCCGGUUGCUGGGUCGCACCAGCCCUCAUUGCCGCACCUACGCGCAUCGCGUACGAGCAGUGGCGGGCAGGAGGCGUCAGCAGGGGCUGCGCAGGGCUUCAAUGGAGACCAGGUGACGCCAAGGCUGCGCACCCGUUUGGGCAGCUCUCCUGCCCUAACAUUGCUUAACGAGGUGCGGCCGCAAGCAACGGUGCGGACAAAGCCUGGGACCGACCCAGGUGAAGAAUCCACGCUAUCGACCUUGACGGUUGACCCCGCCAGCGGAGCCGGCGCUGCUGUUGGUUUCCUACCCGCGCCUGAGGGUACUUGGCUGCCAGCCGACGCGCUUGCAAAAGCUAAGUCGGUGGGUCCGGAGCCAGCAGCUGAAGCCGCCCCGCUGCCAGCCGAGAAAUCAGUGCCCAGCACCCGACUUCAAGUACUUCUAGCGGACUGUGCUUCGCAGGGGAGGACAGCCCCCAAACCGCCGCAUUGUUCUCCGUUUGCUGUAGAUUCAUCGGCCGAAGCACAAAAGACUCUACAGCGCCCACCGCCGUUGGCCCAGGCGGUAAACUUGGGACGAGGCGCACGUCCCAUACUGGCGAACCUCCCAUUGCUGGGUAGCUCUACUGUACCGCAAAUUGAGUUCCUCACGGUUAGCCACGUUUCCUCCUCGCGUGGACCGUUGUUGCCCAUGCGUGUGCCAGUGCGGGACGUGGUUUGCCUGCCAGGUCACGACGCGCGCCUGCAGCAGGUGCUGUCGCUGCCGAGUGAUUGCUCCACCUACGGGGCUUUCCCAACUCCGUCACAGCCCCCGGGGUUGGAGAGCGGCGGCAACGGUUACAACGAAAGCACGCAGUCUAGUAUCUGGAAUGGCUUUGCUAGUAUAGCGGCUCCAACGCACGACUGCUUCGGUCCCGUGGUGCGCCGCCCGGGUUUGGCAGCCUCACAUGGUGCGCCGGGGGUACUACCGCUGUCAGAUGACACAGCCAGCGGUGGAGUGCCAUGCGCCAUGAGAGCGUUACAGCAGCCUGGGGGGGCGUCGGCUGGCUCGGCUCCGGGUGCAGCAUCCGAGGAAGCGACCCCCUCCGCCGCGCCUAAAAGCCGCGUGCCUUUCUUGCUGGGCACCGCCGUCAGGCCCACUGCCGUUCAGGUCCCUGCAGGAGACCUGGCAGGCGGGGCGGUGCAAUGUAACACGGACCAGGUGGCACGUCUGUUCGCUGCGCGGCAUAUCCAGGGGGGCACAGGCGACGGCGAGGGAGGCAACGACGUUGGUGACGGCCAGGAAGAAGAGGAGGCUGGGUCGCCAAGGUCCACGCUGCCCACUGCGCUUCUGGACCGGCUGAUUGCGCGGGGGCUGCGCCUGCGUGCUGGGGUAGAGGGCGGCAUGGCCUAUGUUGAGGUGGGUUCGGUGCUAUAUGGUUGGGCUGUGUGGGGCUGUGGGCCCUGACCGCAACUUGG